GGCUCCACUAGGAUCUCUCCUACUUACUCCAUUAUCUUCUUCUUCUUCCUUCUCCUCUCUUUCUCUCUCAUCUCAUUAAAUCGCUCAACAUCUUUAGCCAUUGUUCUUCAUCAAUCCUCCAAUCAUGACGAACUCUUCAUGAGGCAGACUCUUCAAUUCUCAGAAACUCUCAAGGAUUUAAAGAAUUUGCGAAAACAGUUGUACUCAGCUGCUGAGUACUUCGAAACAUCUUAUGGCAAAGAAGAACACAAAGAAACGGUGAUAGAGACGUUGAAGGAGUAUGCAGCGAAGGCAGUAGUGAACACAGUGGAUCAUCUUGGUUCUGUCUCUGACAAAUUUAACUCUUUUCUCUCUGAUAACUCAACCCAUUUCUCCACCACUCAUCUUCGAUUAUCUUCUCUCGAACAAAGGAUGAAACUAUGCAGAGAGUACAUGGGGAAGAGUGGGACUUAUCAGCAUUGCUUUCUCAUUCAAUCUCCUCACCAUCAUAAGCGUUACUUCUUCCCUCAACAUGGAAGAGGUGAACAUAGAGGCACUGCAGGAGAUGACUCUCAUCGGUUCAAGAGUGCUGUCCGGUCAACAAUACUAGAAAACCACCCAAAUACUGCAAGGAAAGCUAACAAGACAGGAAGCUUCUCCUUCUCACCCAUCCUACACAACAACAUCAGCAACAGAGCACCACCAAGUAGUAAAAGAACAAACUCUCCUAUGAGAUUUUCUCUCUUGCGUUCAGGAUCUCUACUGAAGCGUUCAAGCUCCCCAAGCCAACCAAGAAUGCUGGCCUUACCGGAACCACAAAGAGCGAUCUCUGUGUCGAGAAAUAAAGAGAUAGUGGAGAUAAAGCAAACUUCUUCGAGGAAGGGGAAUAAGAGUCUGAUGUUCAAGGCAUUGAUGAGUAUGAGCAAGUCAAGAAAC